AUCAAUCACACUCGGAUUCACUUGUUGUAAUCUUCAAAGUUGAACUCUGCAGAGAUUUCAUCUAGGGUUUCCCUCAACCUACCACAUUCAAGGUUGGGAAUGGACAAGUUGAAACUGGGUGAGCUCGGGGAGAGGCUGAAGACGGGUGGGGCCCAGAUGGGGCGAAUCGUGAGUGGGAAGGUGAAGGAGAUCUUGCAGGCCCCAACUCCUGAGUCCAAGAUGGUGGAUGAGGCCACCUUGGAGACCAUGGAAGAGCCCAAUUGGGGCAUCAAUCUCAGAAUAUGUGGCAUGAUCAAUUCCCAACACUUUAAUGGCUCCGAGGUUGUUAAGGCCAUCAAGAGAAAGAUCAAUCACAAGAGCUCCGUUGUUCAGACACUCAGCCUCGACCUCUUGGAAGCUUGUGCCAUGAAUUGUGAAAAGGUCUUCUCUGAAAUUGCUUCCGAGAAGGUUCUAGAUGAUAUGAUUCGCGUGAUUGAUAAUCCACAGGCCCAUCCUCACAAUCGAAGACGGGCUUUUCAGUUGAUUAGGGCUUGGGGUGAGUCAGAGGAUCUUGCCUAUCUUCCUGUCUUUCGUCAGACUUACAUGAGUUUGAAUGGAAGAGCUGAACCACUCGACAUGACCGGAGGCAAUUCACAACCUGUUCCAUAUGGCUCGGAGUCAUUUACCCAUGAACCUUUAGAUCCUCCUGAAAGAUACCCAAUUCCUGAAGCAGGAUUACAUGCUAUGGAUGACUCUGCUGCUUUCUCUUCUAAUUACCAACACAUAUCAAUUGAAGAGAAGAAGGAGCAUCUCGUGGUUGCUCGAAACAGUCUUGAAUUGCUCUCUAGCAUAUUAAGUUCUGAGGCUGAGCCAAAACCUUUGAAGGAAGAUCUAACUGUGAGCUUGUUGGAGAAGUGCAAAGAAUCACUUUCUAUCAUCAAGGGCAUUGUGGAAAGCACGACAAAUGACGAAGCGACCCUUUUUGAGGCUUUAUAUCUCAAUGAUGAGCUGCAACAGGUAGUUUCCAAAUAUGAGGAGUUGGAAGCUGCUGAAAGGUCUGGGGCACAACAACCUCAAAAUGCGGACACUGGCAAGCAUGAUGCAGAAGCUGUUCAAAAGACCAAUGAACUAGCUGAAAGAUUUGAAGGCAAUGAAUCUGAAGAAUCCAAAGCUUCUCAGAAUCUUGACAUAAAAAAUCUGCCCCAGAAGUCUAUAACUCUUGAAGCCAAUGCAACCGAGGGGGAUGGUCUUGUUGAAACCAAAGUAGUGGAUAGCACAAACGAGAAGAAUGCUGAAUCUAGCUUGAAGGGAAAUACAAAUACCGAAUGAGGAAAGCGAAGGUGGCGUUUAUGUUCUAGCUUUAUAUUUUGUCGUUGUCCAUAUCUUGUAAUAAUCUGUUGUCCUUCUGUGAGGGUGAUUUAUAUUACCUAAAUUUGUAAUUGGCAGGAGUUUCUUCUCGAGGUUUAAUCCUUGUGAGAUCAUUGCUAGUUUCUCAUUAUGUUAAUUUGGUUCGUCCUAUACAUGCGCGCAUUUUAAUUCACUUCCU